GACAUACACAGACACAAAGCAGAGACAGACACAGACACAGACUCAGAGCAGAGACAUACACAGACACAGACUCAGAGCAGAGACAGACACAGACAAAGGGGCAACGAUAGCACCAGAACCUGAGUACAGACAGAAAGCACAUUAAGUUAUUGGAGAUGUCUGAGGACAUCUAUGCUGUGCCAGAUAUGACAAAGAAGGUCAAGUUUAACAGAGGUGAGAUGAAGGAGAGGAUUGUGGACAUCUACGUCAGUGCAGACACCCUGAGAGACGGUGAGACCAGCACCAAGAGAGAAGUGACAGUAGACACUGCUCCCAAUAAUGGACCAGGAGACCAGCACUCAGUACAUGUUCAGUGGUGGAAGAGACCCUCUGGAGUUGCUGCAGUGUGUCUGGGGCUGCUGUGUGUUCUCCUACUGGCUGGGAUCAUUGGCCAGUCGUUACAAUACAGCAACGUCUCAAAGAACUCAUCUGCAGAGAGAGACCAGCUACAGACCAGCAACAACAACCUGACUAAAGAGAGAGACCAGCUACAGACCAGUUACAAUAACCUGACUAAAGAGAGAGACCAGCUACAGACCAGUUACAAUAACAUGACUAAAGAGAGAUACCAGCUAGAGACCAAAUACAAUAACCUGACUAAAGAGAAAGACCAGCUACAGACCAGUUACAACAACCUGACUCAAAAGAGAGACCAGCUACAGACCAGAUACAACAACCUGACGAAUGAGAGAGACCAGCUACAGACUGAGAAAGCGUUUCUUAAAAUGAGGCUGACCUAUCUCAAACAAACAUGCCCUGAAGGCUGGCAGAAGUUUGAAUCCAGUUGGUACUUCCUGUCUACUGAGACUAAAACCUGGAAGGAGAGCAGAGAGGACUGUCUGGAGAGAGGAGCAGACCUGGUGAUCAUAAACAGUGAUAAGGAACAGACAUUUCUCCUCAACCUCAACAAGAGAGUCUGGAUUGGUCUGACUGACUCUGUUAAGGAGGGGAUUUGGAAAUGGGUGGACGGCACCCCACUGACCACAGGGUACUGGUAUUACCCACAGCCUGAUAAUGGUGGUGACAAACCAGAAAAUGGUGAGGAGGACUGUGUUGAGAUACGCACAGAUCAGAGUCCUCAGGAGGCAUGGAAUGACUUGUCAUGUGCGGAGAAUCUUCACUGGAUUUGUGAGAAAGUAGUUUAACAUCACCAUGACAACAUACUGUAACACAUACAGCAGCCUUCAGUGCACAUAACGUCCUCCUUCAUUCUCUCUCUCUUUCUCUCUCUCUGUCUCUCUCU